CACGCUCCCGGCUCCGGAUACCGGAGACAUCCCGGGGCUGCGGGCACCGGCGGCGAGGAGGGGGAACGGAGCCGGGGCUGCGGGAAAGGGGAAAGCGGGGCUCGGUGGACCCGGGGCGCUGCCCGGGGUUGAGGGAGGGGGGAACCGGGGCUCGGAACCGGCGCCUUUAAGAUCCUGCCGGUAGCGUGACUGGAGUGACCGGGGCGGCGCGGGUUGCCCAAACAUCCCGCCCGCUUCGCACGCGAUGCCCGCCCCGGUCUGGAACCCACGGGCGGCACCGGCACCCCCCCCUGUCCCGACGGGUCCCCCCCUUCCUCCUCCUGCAGCCCUGCAGCCUCCCCACGGUGACAGGCAGGGAACGGGGCUCCCGCACCCCAACCCGUGUGUGAGCGGGUGCGGGGCUUGCGGGAUCUCCGCCGGGGGGGGGGGGGGGUCCGGGUUAGGUGUUUGGAGUUGGGACGCACGUCAGCUUUGAUUAGGCUUUGGCCACGUGACGGGAGGUGUCCGGGCCAAUCAGGGCAAGCGGCGAUGCAUAUAAAGCAGGAGCGAAGAGGAGUUGGGGGGUACCUGCCGGGCGGAUCGGGCCCCAAAGCGCUCCACAGGUUCCUGCACACUGGCAGCGAUGUCUCUGGUGGGAAGCCAAGGCGUUGUCUCGGCCACCGAGCUCCUCCUGGCUGGUGCCGUGUUCUGCCUGGUGUUCCUGCUCAUCCAGUCCCUCCAGCAGCGCGUGCCCAAGGGGCUGAAGAGCCCCCCCGGCCCCAGGGGCUUCCCCAUCCUCGGCAACGUGCUGGAGCUCAGGAAGGACCCGCACUUGGCGCUGACCCGGCUGAGCCGGCGCUACGGGGACGUGAUGGAGGUGAGGAUCGGCACCCGGCCCGUGCUGGUGCUGAGCGGGCUGGACACCAUCAAGCAAGCCCUGGUGAAGCAAGCAGAAGACUUCCUGGGCCGCCCCGACCUCCACAGCUUCCGCUACAUUGCGGACGGGCAGAGCAUGACCUUCAGCCCUGACGCCGGGGAGGUGUGGAGAGCCCUCAGGAAGCUGGCCCAGAACGCCCUCAAGACCUUCUCUGCCACCCCCAGCCCCACGGCCUCGUCCAUCUGCCUCCUGGAGGAGCACGUGUCCAAGGAGGCCGAGUACCUGGUCACCAAGUUCCUGCAGCUCAUGGAGGAGGAGAAGAGCUUCGACCCCUACCGGUACCUGGUGGUGUCCGUGGCCAACGUCAUCUGCGCCAUGUGCUUUGGCAAGCGCCACGACCACAACGACCAGGAGCUGCUCAAUAUAGUGAACCUCAACAAUGAGUUUGGAGAUGUGGCUGCUUCUGGCAACCCUGCAGACUUCAUCCCCCUGCUCCGGUAUCUUCCCAGCCACAGCAUGAAGCUCUUCAAGGACAUCAACAGGCAUUUCAACUCCUUCGUGCAUAAGCUUGUCCAGGAGCAUUACACCAGCUUUGAUAAGGAGCACAUUCGGGACAUCACGGACUCACUGAUUGAGCACUGCCAGGAGAACAGUGUAGGGGAGGAUGCCCACGUCCCGCUCUCCAAUAAGAAGAUCAUUGGCAUCGUCUAUGACCUCUUUGGGGCAGGCUUUGACACUGUGACAACUGCCUUAUCCUGGAGCCUCAUGUAUGUCGCCUUGUACCCCCGCAUCCAGAAGAGGAUCCAGGAAGAGCUGGACCAGACCAUCGGCCGGGAGCGCAGACCGAGGCUGUCGGACCGGGGCGCGCUGCCCUACACAGAAGCCUUUAUCCUGGAGGUGUUCAGGCACUCCUCCUUUGUGCCCUUCACCCUCCCGCACAGUACAACAAGAGCAACAACGUUGAAUGGCUACUACAUCCCCAAGGAUACCUGUGUGUUUGUCAACCAGUGGCAAGUGAACCACGACGAGAAGCUUUGGAAGGAGCCCUCAGCCUUCAAGCCUGAGCGGUUCCUCAACGCCGCAGGGACGGAGCUCAACAGGACGGAGGGUGACAAAGUGAUGACUUUCGGCUUGGGCAAGCGGCGCUGCCUCGGCGAGUCCAUCGGCCGCUGGGAAGUCUUCCUCUUCUUGGCCACGCUGCUGCAGCAGCUGGAGUUCAGCCUGCGGCCCGGCGCGGGGGUGGACAUCACCCCUCAGUACGGGCUGACAAUGAAGUACAAGAAGUGCAGCUGCUUCCAGAUCAGGCAGCGCUUCCCCACGAAGAGCUCUGCAUGAGCCGCGGGAGGAAGCAUCACGCCGCACGAGAGCCGGCCCUGGGAGCUGCACGCUCAGCCUGCUUUUGCUAAUGCUCUCUAGAAGCCAGCACAGCUCCUCACUGUGUUGCUUCACUGGGGGCUUGUUCAUCUCAUGUAAAUGAUGGUGGGGAGGGAUAAAGCCUGCUUUGUCAGGCUCCCCACGCCCCCCCCCCCAGGCAGGUUCCAUUGCUGUUGCCUGCAUAAAAGCUCACCAUGGGGAGAUCUGUGGGGAUCACAGCCCUGGGGUGGGGAGGGAGGGAGGGAGGGAGGAGGAUGCUUUGGGCUGGGAGAGGCAGUGUGGGGUAGCGGUAGGGGUGUUCUCACCCUGCCUCCUGCAACACUCCCUUCAUCCACCAAACAGGAAUCAAGCUGUGGGAUCCUCCCUGGGAAACCUGGCUUUUCCCACAGGGAGAAGCCUCUCAAGCUCU